CUGCUGCUGGAGUUGAGCCAAAGAAGAAGCAGCAGCAGCAGCAGCGGGGACAGACAGGUCCUGUGAAACACCAGGAAACAGCACCAGUCACCUCCCAGUAACCUCCCAGUCCGGACUGGAAACUGCUCCUCCGCCAGCUUCUCUCUUUGUUUAAUCAGCAGCUCGUCUCCGUCCUGCUCCUCCGCUGCAGCUACACUGAGCUAGCUUAGCCUGUUAGCUUAGCGGGGCACCGUGUGAGUGAGUGUGUCAGUGUGUGCGCGUGCAGGACUCCAGCACCAGACCAGAACACACUGACCCGGAGCUGAAGCAGAACCGACCCGGAGCUGAAUCAGAACCGACCCGGAGCUGCAGCAGAACCGACCCGGACUUCACUGCGCUGCACGCGGAGUCUGAAGUGAAAUCGCGCUGCAAAAUCCGGAAGUGUGGAUGAGCUGUGCUGCUAGCAUCGUGCUAGCUGCACCGCUUCAUUGUGCCGCUCGAGGGGGGGGAAGCGUCCGGGUGUCAGAGCCCUGCUCCGGCAGCGGAUCGGUCUCUCAUCGUGGUGAAGAGGCACCGACAUGAUUCCAGACAAAGCCCCGAAGGAGGACGUCUUCCACGGGUCCGAGGACCUGAAGAAGGAGGCGCACGUCUCCAGCUUCGACCGGUACAAGGAGCUGUACGCGAGCUCCAUCGAGCGGCCCGACGAGUUCUGGGGAGACAUCGCUAAAGACUUCUUCUGGAAGACCAAGCACACGGGUCCGUUGCUCCAGUACAACUUCGACGUGACCAAAGGAGAGAUCUUUGUGAAGUGUAUGGAAGGAGCCACGACCAACAUCAGCUACAACCUGCUGGACCGCAACGUGCACGAGAGGAAGCUGGGCGACAGAGUGGCCUUCUACUGGGAAGGGAACGAGCCGGGGGAUGAGCUGACGGUGACGUACAGGGAGCUGCUGCAGAGCGUCUGCCGCUUCGCCAACGUCCUGAAGUCUCAGGGCGUGAAGAAGGGCGACCGUGUGUCCAUCUACAUGCCCAUGGUGGUGGAGCUGGUGGUGGCCAUGUUGGCCUGUGCUCGGAUCGGAGCCGUCCACUCCAUCGUGUUCGCAGGUUUCUCUGCUGAGUCUCUGUGUGAGAGGAUCAUGGACUCUCAGUGUUCACUGCUCAUCACCGCAGACGGGUUCUAUCGAGGAGACAAGCUGAUCAACCUGAAGCUCUUAGCUGACGAAGCACUGCAGAAGUGCAGAGACAAGGGAUUCCCGUUGGACAAGUGCAUCAUGCUGAGACACUUGUCCAAAGAGGCAGAGGACACGUCUCAGUCUCCUCCAGCCAAACGAGCCUGUCCUGAUCUGCAGCAGGAGAAACAGACAGGGAGAAUAAAGAAAACACGUCCUGUUCCGCAGGUCCCGUGGAACCCUGACGUGGACCUGUGUUGGCUCAGUCUGACCCGAGCAGCUUCAGACGAGUGUGAACCCGAGUGGUGCGAGUCUGAAGAUCCGCUGUUCAUCCUGUACACGAGCGGCUCCACCGGCAAACCCAAGGGAGUUCUUCACACAGUCGCCGGCUACAUGCUCUACACCGCCACCACCUUCAAACUGGUGUUCGACCACCAGCCCGAUGAUGUUUACUGGUGCACGGCAGACAUCGGCUGGAUCACCGGACACUCCUACAUCACCUACGGCCCUCUGGCCAACGGCGCCACCAGCGUGCUGUUCGAGGGCCUGCCCACCUACCCGGACGUGAGCCGCAUGUGGGAGAUUGUGGACAAAUAUCAUGUGAGCAAGUUCUACACGGCUCCCACCGCCAUCCGGCUGCUGAUGAAGUACGGCAGCGAGCCGGUGAAGAAGUUCAAGCGAGACUCCCUGAAGGUCCUGGGGACGGUGGGGGAGCCCAUCAACCCGGAGGCCUGGCACUGGUACUACAACGUGGUGGGAGAGGGGAGGUGUCCCAUCGUCGACACCUUCUGGCAGACGGAAACGGGCGGACACGUGUUGACUCCUCUUCCUGCAGCAACACCCAUGAAGCCUGGAUCUGCUACGUUCCCGUUCUUCGGAGUGGUGCCGGCCAUCUUGAAUGAGUCCGGAGAGGAGCUGGAGGGGCCGAGCGAGGGAUACCUGGUGUUCAAGCAGCCGUGGCCCGGAGUGAUGAGGACGGUGUUUGGAAACCACCAGAGGUUUGAAACCAUUUACUUCAAGAAGUUCCCAGGAUACUACGUCACUGGAGACGGUUGCCGUCGAGACAAGGACGGGUACUACUGGGUCACUGGGAGGAUCGACGACAUGCUGAACGUCUCAGGUCACCUGCUGAGCACAGCGGAGGUGGAGUCGGCGCUGGUGGAGCACGAGGCCGUGGCCGAGGCGGCGGUGGUGGGUCGACCCCAUCCGGUGAAAGGAGAGAGCCUCUACUGCUUCGUGACGCUCAACGAUGGACUGACGCUCAGCCGCUCGCUGGAGGCAGAACUCAAACAACAAGUCCGGGAGAAGAUCGGUGCCAUCGCCACGCCGGACUUCAUCCAGAACGCCCCGGGACUCCCCAAGACCCGAUCAGGGAAGAUCAUGAGACGGGUGCUCCGCAAAAUCGCCUGUGACGAGCGGGAGCUGGGGGACGUCUCCACGCUCGCCGACUCCUCGGUGGUCGAGCAGCUCUUCCAGAACAGAUGUGGAGCCGGCGUGUGACGACCUGGGAUCCUCGCUCCGAUGGCGGCUACACAACGACAGACACACACUGAACAAAGGAUGGAGAAGGAGGACAGGAGGAGGAGGAGGAGGAGCUCUCUGAACUCGGUCUUAACUUGAUAACAACCUCUAGCUCCUGCUCAGCACGUGUUCAACAUGACGUCGUUGUGUAUUUCACAUCACGACAGAUGUCAGCAUCUGGAUUGAACCGGUUGAUGAAGUGUCCAGAGGAUGCUGAUAGAAGCUUCCAGUGAGGGGGAGGAGCUAGAGGUCGUUAGUGGGUAAGACCGUCCUGCAGCCGGACGCUGCUGGAGGCGGAGUCUUGUUUUAGCCAAUUAAUACUUUAACGUGUAACUCUCAGUCAAAGCAUAGAUCCAGGGCCCCCCCCCCCCCCGUCCUGUUCUUCACACGGAGGAUUUGCUUCAUUUGAAAAAGCUUCAUUUUAAUUUCCAUUGUAAUUCUUUAAUGUAGAUUUGUUUCCUCUUGUGUUUGACUGAGGAUCUUUUGUGUUUGUGCGUCUGCACGUUGGUCGCCUUCGUUUUCUUCUUCAGUAUUUUAAUUGUAUUUGGAGGAUCUGGUGGAAACAGCAGAGUCCAGCUCCUCGCGGCUCAGGAGACGAACGCUCGUUCACUAACCAACGAUAUGAGUCCUUCACAUUGAGCCGGAAUCAAAGGGAACAUUUGAAUAUUCAAGAUCCUUUUUAUUAAAGAAUCAUGUCAGGGGAAGAAACUGAUGUGUGUCUGUCACCAUGAAAAACCAGCAACAUGUUUCCAUCGCUCAGCAGCUUCCUCCCGUCUGAGGCCGAGCUCAAACAUGUAGAGGAAAGAAAAACACCUCGAGCCAAAUGUGUCCUCAAGAGAAGAAAAAGGUUUCAUUAAACAUCUGUUUCCAUCUGCGUGUUUCACCUGAGCUCCUCAUCUCUGCUGCUGAAACAAGGAAACACUUUAAAUUCAUUGACAAAAGUUGCUUCAGUCACUUUCCAACAAAUUGUAAAAGAAAAUAAACGAAUUGAGAACGUCCGGGUUUUGGAUCUGAAGGAAUCGGAGAUCGUCUCCGGAUCUGGAGAAUGUUUCUGAUGUGAUCAAAUCAAGUCGACGACUAAUGAAUCAAAAACAAUCCACAGAUUAACUGAGGAAUUCAUUGAAUAAUACUUUAGUCUGACGUUUUGACUUCAUUUUCUAAAGUUUGAUUGUCAUGUUUUUCUCGUGUAAUGAGUCGGACACUUUCUGUUCUUCUUGUUUUCAUGUCUCUGUGGGUGUCGAGCAGUAAAAGGACGUGACCUCUGA